UUAAAAAUCAAUAAUCGGAUCGAUCAACAGGGAAGUCGACCGACUGACUGAUACUAGUACACAUACACUUCAACACUUACACUCGUAAUAUUUAGCAUGGGCGGUGGUUAGUACAUGGACAACUUAUAAACCUGGGAAUGUUGUUCGACGGUUGUAUGUACGGACAGAUCGUUAAGGUAUAUUACAGACCCUGUGGCUGUGGAGUACGUCAAAGUCACAAUGGCAACAGCCAUCAUAGAGACAGCAGAGGAUCAAAUCACAUGUACGAUAUGUUUUGAAAUAUUUGAGGAACCUAAAGCGUUACCCUGCCUACAUACAUUUUGUAGGGAAUGUAUAAAAAGGUUUAUAACCGAGAAAAAAAUUCAAACAGGGGAUCGAAAAGGAUAUGUUUGCCCAAUCUGUCGACGUCAUGUUUCUGUGCCUGCGAAUGUUAGAAAUAAUCCGGAAGUAUGGGCAGAUCAGCUGGAAAAUAACCACGUGGUGAGUACAAUGAUCGAUGCCUAUAAAACACCAAGAAGAAAAACUACAGAAACCUGUGCAGAUCAUCCAGAAAAAGAGCUCGAAUUUUUCUGUGCCGAUCAUGCUCAGUUUAUCUGUUCUUUGUGUUUCCUUAAACAUCGACGUUGUGCUGACGUCAUCACGCGAGAAGAGGCACGUUCUAAUAUUAACAAAACGAAGAAAAUGUCAUCAAGCAAUUCAACGAAAGCAAACUGCGUUAAACAACACAUGGACCUUCUUUUCGAGCAAUGUAACUCGAUUGAGCACUUAAUAGACAAGAGACGCAAUACAUUGGAGUCUUUAUCAAAAUCAGAGCAACUCGUUCGAGACGAUAUCAUAUCAAUGAGAAAGAGAAUCAAUGAAUUGCUAAACAAACAUGAAGAGAAAGCACUUACUCGACUGGCAAAGAUAAAAACAAAAAAUUAUGCAAAGUUGGAGAAAGACAAACGGAAAUUAGAAAAAUGCCUUGAAAAAUCACAGCUUUCACUAGAAAGGAUUCAGAAAAUGGUUGAUAAGAAACAGAAUAUUGAUGAUAAUUUCAUCGACGCUGUUCAAUCCGAGUACAAGAGUACAAAACUUAUGAUUGAGGAAGCAGAGAAGAAAAAUACGCAAGAGAUGAUAGCUUUCAUCAUGAACCCAGUCAUAAAGAACUUUGUUGCCAAGUUUGAUUGUUUUGGCAAACUUCACAUACAAGAGGACGCUGCAAAGGCGAAAAACACCAAAGAAAAGUCAGCGGAGGAAACGGAAGACGCAACAAGGAAAAGAACACAAGCAUCAGAUCAAUCGCUUAUUCAAAGUCAUAAGGAGAAUCCGGUACAAGAAGUCAAACUUCGUUUCCAAGGAAAACCGUCAUGGAUAACAGGAAUCGCAAUUCUACCAUCGGGAAAGCUGCUUCUUAUUGACCAUACGAAUGAGGCUGUGUCCGUUUUUAGCAUUUCCCUCGAUUUUCUGUGUAAAACCAACAUCCAUCCGGCACCGUAUGACGUAGCAUCAAUUUCCUCGACUCAAGAUCACGUGAUGAUGUCGAUUCCAGACACGCGGGAACUCAUGAAGUGUGACGUACUACAAGAUGGCUUCGUUGAAGUCGAUCGAAAAUUAAAGACAAAUAUCGCAUGUAAGGCGGUGGCAUCUGAUGAAGAACAUGUGGCUGUAUGCUCCAGCUCCGACUUGCAACUAUUUGAAACCGAUGGCGAGGUCUGGAUGAAUACUUUAGAGGAAUCUUACGCAAGGACGAAGUUCACUUACCUUACACUGAUCUCAUCGAAGAAGAAAGUUUUCAUAACUGAUCAAACCUAUCCCGAUCCGCAUAUCAGAUGCUUGGAUUUUGACGGAACAACUCUCUGGAAGGUCGCCGAGGGUCGAAUAGGCUUCUGCACUGGGAUAUGUGUCACAGGUUCACAGCUUAUGGUGACGUCAUGGGAUUCGGGGAAAAUUUUCACUUUGUCGUUGAAUGGUGACGACUUGAAAACAUACAAUGAUUGUGAUGUGUCUUUUCCUUGGAACCUUCAUGUAUCUUCAAGGCAGAAGAUCGUCUGCGUUUCUCAGCAUAAAAACACAUUAUCUGAAGAAGACAAACGAACAAUCAAAAUACUGCAUAUAGCAUGAUUCACUUCCAAACAAUAACAGUACCCUUCAAAAGCAAAAACUGUGAUGUCAGGAAAAAGUUAGUCAACAAUGCAACUGUGCUUAAUACCUGUUGAUGUAAAUAUUGUUGGAUGCAAACAUAAGACUUAAUCAACAUUUGCUACCGUAGAUAUUCAAAUAUAUGCCAGUCAUGUUAACGUUCACCGGCAGCAACUGAUUCUAUUUUUGCUGCUUAUAUAAACAAACGAGAACCGUAGCCCUGGGAAAAAAGAUCGGUUGAACGGAGGAAAGAAGUGAAUAUCGCUUUCAAUAUUACAAAUAAUACAGCUUCAGUAUGACAACCGAUCCUGAAUUAUAAAUUGGCAUAUUCAAACGUUUAUAAAAAGUGAAUAAAUGACUCAUCAAAACGAGAUUGAUAUGACUGGGUACAUUAACAUAUGGACUAUAAUUAGAUCAUAUUGACAUCAUUUGAACGUUUAUUGUGAUUUUAAAAGGGCGGAAAGGACAAACUGUGGAACUUGAAUUUAUACCCCACUAUUAGUGAAGUUUUACGAUGUUCUAGAGAAGUCAAAAUUGCAAUAUAUACCUUUUGUUUUUGACCAUGACUUUAUAUGAAAUUUUAAAUACAUUUUGUGUCAGUCCAGAUUUGUUUAAGAUGAGGAGGGUGUAUGAGUGUGUGUUUCAAUUCAAGGGAGGUUGUGUACGUGUGUACAUUAGGACAUUUACUUUUUAUCUUUCAACAGUAUCAAUGUCUUAACAACACUGAUUGAUUUUCUACAUAAUAACGUAAGAUAGAUUAAGAAAAUUAAUCAUCGUUUAGAUUUCUGAACAACGGCAGUCAUUUCCUUUACAAAACAAAUGCAAACACUAUAUAUUGUUUAAAUGUUUUGUACUAGAUCCAUAAAUGCAAUAUACAUGUAUAUGUGUUGUGUUAUUGUAGCUUAAUGGUUCAUUCAUUCUUAAAUAUUUGUAUCGAUCAUUACUCCUUACUUCGAUGAAGCAAGAGACGCUUACCCUUCAGGAAAAAUUGGGGUUUCAUUUUCGUACAUGUUUUUACAAUGCUCCCCAUGCUAAUUUUUCUUUGGAAUUGAAUUUGUAUUGCCAUUAUGUUAUCGAAUUAUAUUUUUGCGACACUUCAGUAUUACUGAACUAUGUAAUAUCAAUACCAUAUCAGAAUUGUAAUGUUUUGCUAUCCAAAUUGUAUCUGAAUAUUUACGUGGAUACAUCAAAACUUUAUUGUAGCUGACAAUCCAUAACAUUUCUUAUUUUUAUGCAAUCUUGACCCAGUUGUUCAAAAGAUGAUAAACCUAAUCACUGUUUAAUGACGUUUUUAACCUAAAAUAUUUCAAGGUAAAUCCUUAUUUUGCAUACAUUGUUUUCUGUAAUCAAAUAUAGCUUUCUGUGAAGUUUUAACUUAUUUAGAGUUUGUGUUUAAAGAUAUACAACAGAUUGCGCUAAUCCCCGAUUAAGCUAAUAACUUCUUGACCAACUGGGUUCUGUUCUGUUUUGUUACCACAUCUGUGAACAUAUCACAGGAAGUUUAUCAUAAGUUACUAUAUAGUGGUGUGUAAAGUACGUACAUCGAUGUAUAUGCUAAAUGCUGUAUAAGUGCUGUGUUUAUCAUAGGUCGUUAUUGUCAACGGUUAGGUGUUAGUGCCAUAACACGUGCAUACUACAGCACAGACAUCGCUUCUAGAGAUGCCCAAGGAUCAAUGUAUCACUGACAAACUAUGCAAUGUUUACUGAUUUACCGGGAUGAUGAUAGGUUUAAUAAAUCAUACCUUACGGGGCUUUUAUGAAAAAUAUAAUGAAGACGAUAUGAACAACCAUGUUCAGAGUGUAAUAAUUUAGCAGGUCUAGACUGGGAUUCGAACCCCGCAUUUAUGAUCGUGGUACUAUCGCUCUUACCAUCUGAGCUACAUGUACCUGUUCAACAGAAAUGUUUCCAUACACUUGUGCUACAGAUAUUUCCAACAUGAAAUCAAGGGAAGGUUAAUGUAUAUACGAAAAAACACAUUAGGGUAUGGAUCCUAAAAUAUCUAUUGUGCACGUGCCUUGCUCUAGGACAAUCGUGUCAUUGUAUACACGUACAUUAUCUUACAUUUAUGUCUUAGAAAGUAUGAUGUUUUCUGAAAUCGAAAUAAAUA